CCUCCUUUCCACAUCCCACCCCCCCGGGACUCUCCAUGGCACCGCCGCGAUGUUCGUGUCCCGACUCCUGGAUUUCCAGAAGACGCGCUACGCCAGGUUCAUGAAUCAUCGUGUCCCAUCCAACUGCAGGUACCAGCCGACGGAGUAUGAGCACGCAGCAAACUGUGCCACCCACGCAUUCUGGAUCCUGCCCAGCAUCCUCGGCAGCUCGGUCCUCUACAUCCUCUCCGAUGACCAGUGGGAAACCAUCUCAGCCUGGAUCUAUGGCUUUGGUUUGUCCAGCCUCUUCAUUGUCUCCACCAUCUUCCACACCAUCUCCUGGAAAAAGAGGCAUCUCAGGACUGUGGAGCACUGCUUGCACAUGUUCGAUAGGAUGGUGAUCUACUUCUUCAUCGCAGCAUCAUACGCUCCCUGGCUGAACCUGCGGGAGUUGGGUCCCUGGGCCUCCCACAUGCGCUGGAUCAUCUGGAUCAUGGCAACCAUCGGGACGGUCUACGUUUUCUUCUUCCAUGAGCGGUACAAGCUGGUGGAGCUGGUGUGCUACGUUAUCAUGGGCUUCUUCCCUGCCUUGGUCAUUCUCUCCAUGCCCAACAGAGAUGGCCUCCCAGAGCUGGUGGCUGGUGGACUCUCCUACUGCCUGGGCAUGGUCUUCUUCAAAAGCGAUGGCCGCAUCCCCUUUGCCCAUGCCAUCUGGCACCUCUUCGUGGCCAUCGGAGCUGGCAUCCACUACUAUGCCAUUUGGAGGUACCUCUACCGGCCUGGCACGCUGGAGGCUAAAACAUCUCGGUAGAUGCCUUAAAGACAUCGUUUGCACCAACCGGCACCAGGGGACACGGAGGGGAGCGGGGAGGCACCAUGGGCUUGCCCCAAACCAACCACUUGCCCCAUGACCAGCAGCUGCCGGUGCCCUUCCCGCACAGACAGGAGAGCCUGGAGGUUGAUUUUAAACACAUUUUUCUUUUUUAACCUCGGGAACUCUUUAUUUUUUUAGACAGGGGUUUCCUCACAUGGUGACCAACUGUCAGGGUCCGGGUGAUAGGGGAGUGACCACUCACCAAGGGCUUGGGGAGGUCUCGCUCACCCACCUCACCCCGAGCAUCCUGUGGGAGCAGGGGACCUGCCCCUGCACACCCCUGGCUAGUGACACCCUGGGUUUGGCUACCAGAGUCCUGAGUGUGGGCCACCUAGAGUACUGGAGGAGCUGGGGUGGGGGGAGAGAUGCAGAACUCCUGGACUCCCCCCAUGGGGAGUGGGGCACGUCAGCACCCCACACCCCCUGCUCGGCUCCUAAAUGGUCCUAAGUCACAUCAGCAUUAACUGCCCCCUCCCAAGUUCUUGAUGGGAAGGUCCAGAGUCAACAAAGCCUUACACAAGAUUGAAACUUGAAUCUCUUCCAGGGCUCCUCAGAGUCCCCGAGCAUUGGAAAACCCUUUCUCUAAGCCAGUAUUAAGUGCACAACCCGGUACGUCCCUCCCAGACAGGCCCUCAGAGCCCCCAUGGACAUUUCCUCCCUGGGGCUCUUCAUUUUUCCUCUCUGGUCCAGGUGCUGGCGACAGCCCCAAAGCUCAGCCCUGCUCCCGGGCUCUGCCCCCCGCGUGCCUUCACCUGAUGGGGAGCAGAGAGGGGGGUCCAGCUCCUGGCAUCCCCCUACCUGGGGUCACCCCAUCCACACCAGGGGAUUUUCUUCCUCUUCCAGGGAGAGGAACCUCCUUGGAUUGGGAUGAGGGGGCUGCCUGCCUUCUCUGCUCCCAAUUUGAUGAUGAGCCUUUUGCUCACUCUCAGAUUUAAAUCUACUUUUUGGGAGGAUUUCCGACAUUCCUGGGGAUGCCACAGGGAAGGGACGCACCUGUAGGAUGCUCGGAGGUGAGCUGUGAUGGGGAGGUCCUGGUGAUGGUUGGUUUUUAAACCCCCAACCACAGCUACCAGGUGAUGGGGUGCCUGCCCAGCCAUCGGGAGCAGCCCCGAUGCUGCUGGAAUGGGAAAACCACACCUGGAACUGCUCCCAAACAUGCCAGCAGAGCUGCUGGAGCGGGGAGGGUCUGGUGUGUCCUGGGGUCCAUGCCAGGAGGUGGUGGCAGAGCAGCACUGCCCUCAACCCUACCCCAGGAGCCCCCAAAGGCAUCGAUUUCCCAUCAUUUCUCUUCGGCCUCGUGAUUAAUCACAGCUGCAGCAGUCUUGGAUGCAACGUGGCAAGCAAAGGAGAUUUAUGGCCACCAUCCCGCAUCUCCUGUUUCUCCGGCAGCGUGCCAAGGAGCUGAGCUCCUGGCUCUGUCCCAUCUCCUGCAGAGCUUAGGGUUCCCCCGCCAACCCCAAGGCUGCGGCGCCCCGGGAUCGUCUCUCCAGGGCUGUGCCAUUUUGCAGCAAAUUACCAAAGAGAAAGCGUCCAGAUACUCCUCACCUCCUGACGUGGUGGCUGGGGUCCCAGCUCAGCAAAAAAUCCGGUGGGGUUUCACUUCCAUAGUCAGAAGGUUCCUAUAAAGAGCCCUGGGGUCAGUGCCUAGCAUGGGAAUGCUGGGGGUGUCUCUGCCUGGGCCCCACAAAUCAGUCUUGGGGUUGGGACACCUCUUGGGGUGAUGGGUGGUCUUAGGGACAGCUCAAUCUCUGCUGCUCCCUCUCCCAGGUCCCCGGGUCUGAGCCCUUGCUCCAUCACCUACCGCAGAUGGAGGGGUGGAGAAGGAUGAGCUGUGAGUACCCAGCAGCUGGUGGAGCACGUUUGGGGUUGGAAUAGUGGGAUAGGGGGUCCCAGAGUGGGAGCUGCCAUUUUUGCUGCCUGGCAAAGUCAUUACCCUUCUCUGUGCCUCAGUUUCCCCAUCUAUAAAAUGGGGGUGAAGACACCGACCUACCUCACAGGGCUCAUGUGAGGACCCCGUGAAGCACUCAGAGGACAACCAGUGCUUUACAAACACGGGCUUUGAUUUUCACCGAGUUUAGGGGACUGAAUCCCUAGAGCCACCCUGGGGCACAGUGACAACUGCAGCUCAGUGUGCCCGGCUCUCCUCCCCCUGGAACCACCCUGGGGACAGCCCGUGCCCACAGCCACCGGGCAAACGUCCCCUGGCAGGGGCUGAGGAUGCCCAGGGACCACCAGGGCAUUUUGUCCACAGCCUUCAUCCCAGGGGGUUUAUCUCAGAAGCUGUUUCACCACUGGGGGCUUUCGGUCCUAAAUCCAUCCCAGGGGCUCCCGAGGCACGAGGAGGUGCCAGAAGGACCUUUCUGAGGCCACUUCAUAUGAACGGGCUCUCUUGGGGACAUUGCCAUCCUGCCUUGAGCCUGGAUUUGCUGUAAUUGAGAAGCCCCCCCACCCUGACCCCCCUUCUCUUGCUUCCCCUGCAAAGCAGGGUGGGAGGCACAGAGCAGGUUAUCGGAUCGUCCUCCUAUUUUAUACUAAUUUUAAACGACUCGUAACAUUCAGGGUGUCUGUGGAGGAGGGUUUGAGGGAACUUUUUAGCAUCUCGUGUUUUUCACCGUCCAUUCUUGUUCAAUCAGUAUUUUCUAUUUAACACAGUAUUGGGUCAAAUUAAAAACAAACGUUAAGGAAGAUAAUGCUAGUGAAUAUUGUUUUCUGUGCAGUAGGAUUGAAAUAAAAACCUCAAGAUACCUCAAA